AUCUCUUGUAUGAGCUACAUUGUGUGAGAAACAAAAAGGGCACCACCAAAAAGGCCUAAAGAGAGCAAGCAAGUAGCGCAAGUUUUGGGACACGACUCAAAAAUGAGUGAAGAGGUGUCUGAAAUAAGUUCAGCUCCCAUAACGCCUAGGACGGGGACUGUGGUGCCCGUGCCAUCACCACCGCCACCAGUGUCAUGUUCGCCGGCUCAGUAUAACUCGCCUUCGUUGUCUAGAGUGCCAAUGCUUAACGCUGAGCAAGUGGAAGAACCUCUGCCACCUCCAAGCAAGUCGGCUAAGACUACUCCGAGGUUCUUGACUCCGCUGGGGAGUCCUGUAAGGAAGGCUUUGCAUCUCACAAAGCUUGAUCCUCAGGAUGCUUGGCUGCCCAUUACUGAGUCUCGAAAUGGCAACGCCUACUAUGCUGCCUUCCACGCCCUCUCCUCCGGGAUUGGAUUCCAAGCUCUUGUCCUUCCUGUGGCCUUCACCAUCCUUGGCUGGACAUGGGGAAUAAUUUGCUUGACCCUCACAUUCAUAUGGCAGCUCUACACCCUAUGGGUGCUAGUCCAGCUCCAUGAAUCCACAGAAACCGGGAUGCGUUACAGCAGAUACCUCCAGCUCUUCUCUCUUACAUUUGGUGAAAAGGCAGGGAAGUUACUGGCCUUGUUUCCUAUCAUGUACCUAUCCGGUGGCACUUGUGUCGCACUGAUCAUCAUUGGUGGCUCAACCUCCAAGCUCUUCUACCAGAUUUUAUGUGGCACCACAUGCAGCGCGAGGCCAUUGACACCAGUGGAAUGGUACCUCGUGUUCACAUGCGUCGCUGUGGUGCUGUCUCAGCUGCCAAACUUGAACUCCAUAGCCGGGGUGUCUCUGGUCGGAGCCCUCACUGCAAUAGGGUACUGCACUGUCAUAUGGGUGGUGUCCGUCGCAGAGGGCAGACUCCCAAGGGUGUCCUAUGAUCCAAUAGUGGUUAAAACCCAGCCUGCCAGAGUUUUUAGCAUCCUUAAUGCACUUGGGAUCAUUGUUUUCGCUUUUAGGGGUCACAAUCUAAUUCUUGAAAUACAGGCCACCAUGCCUUCAAGUGAGAAGCAUCCAUCUCGAGUACCAAUGUGGAGGGGAGUGAAGUUUGCAUAUGUAAUUGUUGCAAUGUGCUUGUUUCCACUUGCAAUAGGUGGUUAUUGGGCUUAUGGUCAAAUGAUACCAGCAAACGGUGGUAUGUUUUCAGCCCUCUACGGAUUCCAUUCCCGUGAUGUUUCACGGUCUUUGCUAGGACUCACAAGCAUACUUGUCAUAGUAAAUGCAGUGAGCUCAUUCCAAAUUUAUGCCAUGCCAAUGUUCGAUUUCAUGGAGGCUAUGUUCGCGACGAAAUUCAAGAAGCCAUGCGCGUGGUGGGUGCGCUUAAUUUUCGUCCGUGCUAACUUUGGGUUCGGAUGCUUCUUUGUAGCAGUGGCAAUCCCAUUUCUGGGCAGCCUAGGUGGUCUGAUCGGAGGGAUUGCGUUGCCGGUAACCCUAGCUUACCCCUGUUUCAUGUGGCUCAAGAUCAAGAAACCAAAGGUGUAUAGUGCAAUGUGGUGCCUGAAUUGGGGACUUGGAGUGUUGGGCAUGGCUUUGAGUCUCAUUUUGAUUGCAGCUGGGAUCUAUGUUGUGGUUGACACUGGGAUUACAGUGAACUUCUUCAAGCCUCAUUAAUAGACUAACCAUUUUACAAAGAGAAUUUCUAUUUGGAGGAGUUCUUGUAAAAUUUGGUUAUUUCUGUCAAGUGUUUCUUUUUUGUUAUGUUCUACAUGUUUGAUGUCCAAUGUUGGAUUUGUAAUUUUAGAAUGGAAAAGUAGCAAAAAAUUGUAUUGUAUAAUGUAUGUAUGUGGCAUCUACAUAGUGGCAAAUUAAAGGACUGAUAUCAACUUUGAACAA